AUGCCGCACGUUAAGGACAGACCAGUUUUAGACAUCCUUCCCAUUUCCUCGAAUUUCAUCACCAGCGUUAAUGAAGCUCGCGAAAGCUCAUCAACAUCAUUUGAACUUUCGGAAGAUCUUGAUUCUUUAUUCACUUAUGAUAGUUGUUCAUCCGAUACUUCUUUCGCGCAAGAGUCGAGCGGAAUUAAUCUAGCAGGCACGAACAGAACAACACAUCUUUACAGAGAUAG